AUGAAUGUUGUGAAUCAUGAUUCUUGCUGGUAUAGGAUGUGGCUUCAAGGCUUGACAUGUGAUGCAGUAAGUGGUGAGAGGGGAACCAAUCUCGGUGCUAGAUGGAGUACAUGUUGCCAUAAUGGAAUAGAGGCCAGAGCUGCUGCUUACAGAAACCAAGAUAAAACUUUCUCUACAGGCCAAAGGGGUAGAAAGCUUUGUGGGGGCAGAUGCACCGAAUACUGGCGGCAAUGA